AUGAGGGAGGCGACCCACAGCGGCGCCGCCGCGGUGGUUGCGAUGCGCGUCACCCUGGUCCUCCUCGCCAGCGCGCUCGCGCUCCUGGCGCUGCACAGCCCGCGGCUGUUCGCCGCAACGGUCGGCCUCCCUGUCCUGGCCGCGAAGAUGUUCCCCUGGCACAAGCUGCAUCGCGGCCGCCAUGCAAGUCGACGCAUGUCAGUGGACUUCCGCGAAGCCGGCAGCCCCCCCGCGCAGGCGCCGGGCGUGAUCAGUCUGUCGUCGGACGAGGACGAGCCGGACGGCGAGGUCGACGACGCUGCGACCGCAGAAGUGCUGCACGCAGACUGGGCGGCGCUGAGUGACGACGACAUGGCGCAGUUGGCGUUCGAGGGCGAGGGGGCGGUGGUUCUUCUGCCGACGGGGCGGGGCCUGCCGCACGGCGACGUCACGCGGGAGCACGUCCGGUGCCUUCGGCCGCACGGGUGGAUCAAUGAUGAGGUCGUGAACGGGUUCGUGCGGCGCCUGCGCGAGCGCGACGCGGCGUGGCGCGUGCAGCCCCCGCCAGGCCACACCCCGCCCCGCGUCGUCGUGAUGGACUCCUUCUGGUUCACGCGGGUCGCGCCGGACGGCACGGAACGGACCCGGGGCUACUCGUACGGGGACCUCGUCGGGUCCGACCUCGUGCUCGUGCCGGUGCACGACAGCGGCAGCCACUGGGCGCUGGCGGUGGUGGACUUCGACGAGCCCGUGGGGCGGCUGUGGUACUACGACAGCCUUCACCAGUCCGGCGAGGAGCAUCUCGAGCGGCUGUCGGCUUGGGUGGCGCGCGAGGCGUCCACGGGGGCGCUGCGCGGGGUGUGGCAGCGGUGCGGGGACGUGCGGGCGUGGACGCGGGGGCAGCCCGCGCGGCUGCCGCGGCAGAGGAACGGCUACGACUGCGGCGCGUUCAUGCUGUGCUUCAUGGAGGAGUUGGCGCGGUGGGGCACGCGCGGCCGGAUGGUCGGGGGCGAGGGGGACUGGCGGGGGGGAGUGUUGCGUCGGCGGGUGCUGUCAGGGCUUCUGCGGGGGCUGCCACCGGGUUGA